UUAUUUUGUUUUUUUUUAACCCUUAUUAAUCAAUGAACCAGUUUUUACAGGCAGCAAAGUUUUUUUUUUGUCAGAAAAAAACUUCUUCAUGUAGACACUUUUGUAAACUGGCAAUGCUCAGAUCUGAGAUCUAAACAUGAGCUAAAGAAAACCCAGCAGAGCAGCUUCAACAGCUCGGUGAGGACCUGCUCGUGUGUGAUUUCUCUAAAUGUCAGACGUCAGCACAGAUAGCAUAGCCUUUCUAAAAUAUUUGCAGUUCUCAGAAGAAUCUACACUAUUAUUAGUCUGUAAAACUCUUGAGUGCCAACAGUUUGGUUGUGACUCAAACAAUAUCUUUUUCAUGUAUUUCCCUAUUUAUUAUAUUUCUUUAAUACGCUUUGUUAACACAUUAACAGACAUUAUUAAUGUGUUUAUAUGUUGUUGGUAAGACAUUUAUUAGCACAAUAAACCAAACAAGGUUUAUUAACAUAUUUAUUAAGAAUUAAUAACAUAAAAAAUCAGACUUUUGUCACAAAGGCUGUAACAAUAAACUGCUUAACAAAUCUAUUAACUAUCUUUGUCAACAUUAUAUUAAAUGUUUUGCAGCACAUCAUCUAAAAUGUUACCAAUAUAUCAAAAUUGAGACCAAAAAAAGAAAAAAAAAUCAGUUUUUGUUUCCUGGUUUUUGCAGGAUAUCACCACUAAAAACCAUAAAGAUGAAAUAAUCAGAAUGCAAGGGUUUGAAUAAAAAAGCAAAACAUUUCUUUUUUUGUCGAAUAGAAUGUGUGAGUGAAGCACAGCACUGACAUGUGGCUGGUGCUACGUGAUGCAUGUGUAGCUCCUAAUGAAAGGGAAAUGCCGCUGCAUAAAAAAAUAACAUGGGUACCAACGGAGGGAGGAGGAGGAGGAGGAGGAGGAGGAGACACUGUUGUAUGGGAUUAAUGGCAACGCUGUGAGGAAGGAGGGAGGGGAGAUGGGAUACUCCAUGGAGGCUGUGGCAGAGGUGGUGGGUGGGGGUGGCUGGCUGGGGGAGACCACUGUGGCAGGGGGGAGCAGAAGAGGAAAGACAGGGAAGGAGGGAGGGAGGGAUGCUGGUGAAGCCACGGGUAUUCAUGAGAGCGGCAAGUGUGUUUUUUUUUUGUUGUUUUUUUUUUCUUCUCCGCGCUUUUGGUGAUGCACUUUAAUGUCUGCAGACAGACAGACAGAGGGAGAGGGACAGACAGGAGGUGAAGCCAAGCCCAUCUUACCAUUGAUCUUCAGACGAUCAAGGGAGAUGCAAACCAGGAUGAAUACUGUCAGAUCGGAUUGGGUCUUAAAACACUGAGGAUUCCCAGAUGAGGCAGCCACACAAACAAAGACUUCCCAAGCAGCAUUUGGAUCCGAGUGACCAACCCGAUUGUGGAACCUGAGAAAGGAGACCAAAAAAAAAAGUCUAUUUGAACUCUCAAGCGUUGGAAGUUUUCAGUUUUGUGGAAUUACUGGAAAAUUAUUAUGCAAGCAGUUCUCUCAGAUGGAUGGAUAAAUAUUUUGGAGUUUGGGUAAAGAUUCCCUUUCGUCAUGAACUCUGAGUGGGGUCACCCACAGGCUCUCGCCAAAGAACCCCACCUGGUCUUUUCUUUUUAAUGUGUACUUCCUGGACCUUUUGGCUUUUUGGAAACAAAACAUCAGCAGCCACCGUCCAAACCUGGAGCUCCUAGAGGACGUGUAAAUGCCCUUUUUCACUUUCAACGCCAGUGAUACCUGAUUUGUAUCCGCUUCAAGAUUGAGGUUUGGAUAUAUCGAGCGCAGGAGCUGCAGCUGACUCAGCUCCAAUGGGGGCCCCCUGUGACCUGAUCUGACCCCAGUUUGAGCUUGCUGUGACCAUUGACCUCUCCGGUCCUGGCUCUCCACUUGCUCUGCUGCCUGGGUUCUGGAACGCUCCGCCCUGGGGCCCAGAACGAGCCAAUCAGUAUGAAGAAGAGCCGCAGCGUGCUGUCGGUGACUGGAGAAGAGGGAAAUGACAUAGAUGUAACAGAUACUGUGGAGAAGGCGGAGUCAUCACGCUACAGCCGAUCGUACACGUCGGGGGCCACGCUGGGGGCUGAGCUGCGCAGAGGGAGAACCAGGAGACUCUCUCCUAGUCUUCAGGUACCCUGCUGGCUCCGCCCACGAGAUCGAACUCGUUCUCCAGAUGUCCUGAGCAAUACAUCCCGUCCCACAACUCUCCCCCUACGAAUUCCACCACGCAUCUCCAUCACACAACCAGACGCUGACAGCUAUGAAGCAGAAAAUGGCGUGUCCUCAGGUCACACCCCUCUGGGUUCCCAAAGUCCAAGCCUCACCUUGCACACCUCCUUCACUCAGGGUCAGAGAAGAGAGUCCUUCCUGUACCGAUCUGACUCAGACUAUGACAUGUCACCAAAGACAGUCUCUCGUAAUUCUUCCCUCGCCAGCGAAGGGCACACAGCAGAAGACUUCAUUGUCACACCUUUUGCUCAAGUACUGGCUAGUCUGCGAUCAGUACGGAGCAACUUCACCAUUCUCGCCAACGUCACCACACCAACAAUCAAGAGGUCUCCACUUGGUGGGAUGUGUGUCAGUCCCAGACCAACACUGUCAGACCAGCAGUACCACCAGCUCGCCCUGGACACUCUGGAGGAGCUGGACUGGUGCUUGGACCAGCUGGAGACCAUUCAGACACAUCGCUCCGUCAGUGAAAUGGCCUCCACCAAGUUUAAGCGGAUGCUGAACAGAGAACUGUCUCAUCUGUCUGAGAUGAGCCGCUCGGGGAACCAGGUGUCUGAGUACAUCUCCAGCACCUUUAUGGACAAGCAGAACGAGGUGGAAAUCCCUUCUCCGACGCUCAAAGACAAACCUAUGAGUCACAUCAGUGGAGUAAGGAAACUGUCUCACAGCUCCAGCCUGUCCAGCGCUUCAAUGCCUCGCUUUGGCGUCAACACAGACCACGAGGACGAGCUUGCCAAGGAGCUGGAGGACCUGGACAAGUGGAGCUUUAAUAUAUUCAAAGUAGCAGAGUAUUCCAACAACAGACCUCUCAGUUGCAUCAUGUACGCCAUCUUCCAGGAGCGUGAGCUGUUGAAGACGUUUCGUAUCCCCGUCGACACUUUUGUCACAUAUGUCAUGACCCUGGAGGACCAUUACCAUGGAAACGUAGCGUACCACAACAGCCUCCAUGCUGCAGAUGUCACCCAGUCAACACACGUUCUCCUCUCCACACCUGCUCUGAAUGCGGCCUUCACUGAUCUUGAGAUCCUUGCGGCUCUGUUUGCUGCAGCCAUCCAUGAUGUAGACCACCCCGGAGUCUCCAACCAGUUCCUUAUUAACACCAACUCAGAACUGGCCUUGAUGUACAACGACGAGUCCGUUCUGGAAAACCACCAUCUUGCCGUGGGUUUCAAGCUGCUGCAUCAGGAGAACUGUGACAUUUUCCAGAACCUCACCAAGCGCCAGCGCCAGAGCCUUCGCAAGCUGGUCAUUGAAAUGGUGUUGGCCACAGACAUGUCCAAACACAUGACUCUACUGGCUGACCUAAAGACCAUGGUGGAGACCAAGAAGGUGACAAGCUCUGGCGUUUUGCUGCUGGAUCAUUAUACCGAAAGAACACAGGUUCUAAAAAACAUGGUGCACUGUGCAGACCUGAGCAACCCCACCAAGCCUUUACCGUUGUACAAGUGGACAGAGAGGAUCAUGGAAGAGUUCUUUCGGCAAGGGGACAAAGAGCGAGAGAGGGGGAUGGAGAUCAGCGCCAUGUGUGACAAACACACAGCAUCUGUAGAGAAAAGUCAGGUGGGCUUCAUUGACUACAUCGUCCACCCGCUGUGGGAGACGUGGGCUGACUUGGUGCAUCCAGAUGCCCAAGAGCUGCUGGACACCCUGGAAGAAAACAGAGAGUGGUACCUGAACACCAUGCCUCAGUCUCCAUCCCCACCCCCCGACAGACACCUGCAGCACGACCGCUUCCAGUUUGAAAUCACCCUCGAGGAUCUGGAACACAACAACUACAACCACGUACAACACUUAAGGAGCAACACUGGGAGGAGCGCCAGGAACAACCGGAAAGCUGUAUUCAACGAUGGCAGCACAGAUAAACUGCAAGAGGGCCAUGCAGAGGUGAAUGGGCAGGAGCAGAACCACGUCAAAAGGGAAGAGGAUGACGAGGAGAGCCAGAACAACGAACAGAACGGAGCUCAGGAGGAAAAAGAGGAGGAGACUACAGAACGGGAGGAAACGAAGGAUGAACAAGUAGAAGCAGCAGAAGAAACGGAGGAGGAAGAAGAGGUAAAUGAUGAACAGGAGGAGACAAAAAAAGAAGAGGCCCAGGAAGAAGAAAGAACAGAGGAAGAGGAAAAUAAUGAGAAUGAAGAAGAGAAUAAACAGGAAGAAGAAAGCCACAGGGAAACAGAAGAAGACGAGGAAGAAGAAAAGGAAAUCAAGGAGACUGAUGUGGCAGAGGAAACAGAAGAGAGUGCUGACAAAUGUGAGGAGGAAAGAGAAGAGGAAGGUGACAGAGAGGAGAAAACCAUGGAGGAGGAGACAGAAAUGGAGGAGGAAGGAACAGAGGAGACUGCUAAUGAAAAUGAGGAUGCAGAAGAAGAAAAUGAGGAGUUUGAAGAAGCUUCCCAGGAGAUUGAGGAGGAUUAAGUAAAACGAUUAGUUUAUUAAUAAAAAAUGUAAUAAUUCUAAAAGUUGAGAAGAGAAAGCGAGCCAGUGAUGCUCUGAUAAGCUUAAGUCGGGCUACAGAACAGGAUGAAGAGCUGGAAACGCCCUUCUUUCCAAAUAAUGUGCUCUGGCAUCUCAAAGAAACAAACAUUACAGCACCGUGGAUGUGAAAACCUUUCCAAUCCUUUCUGGACAACUUGAUGGCUCCAGCGAGCUGACCAGCUGGUGAUGGCAGAGACUGGAGUCAGCUUCAGCUGGUGUCUGUGCAUCUAUCACUGCCAUAGGGGACAAACCUGGGGCAAAACCUUAAAAAAAAGGCAGGGGGUCAGGUUUAAUCAACCUUUUGUAGCUCCUGGGAUUAAAAAAAAAAAAAAGAAGUGCUAAACUACAUACAUGCAAAUAAGUGUGUGCCUGUUCUCCCCCUCCUGUAGACUAUCGCCCAUCAACCCAGUUUCUGUCUACGUCUUAUUAAAGAGGAAAAUACACACGGUGUCAACUGACAGGGCAGAGAGAAAAAUAAAGGUGUUCUCUGUUGUUGUAUAUGUACUGCAAGACCUCUCCACUCGUCAAAGGACAGUUCGACCUCCUCAUGCAGCAACCUUGAAGCAGCACUGCUGGAUUUCUGAAACCAUUUCUAAAUAAUAUGUUACCUGUUUUCUCAAAGUGAAAAUGUUUCACAGCUUCGAAAAAAAAAAAAAAAAAAGAAAAAGGCUGAUCUAUCGUACGUGUCCCAGUCGAUUUGUGUGUAAACAAAACAGAUACUCCAACAUAAAAAGUGUUUAUCCCCUUUGUGACUUUGUCACUCGAAUCGUGCCAAACUGCCCCACAACCAGCACUGAGCAAUUCAGCCCCCGAACAGAGGGAGGGGGCUCCUCUUCAUGAAGCAAUGAAAAUGUGGGACCUGGCCAACGGGUGUGAUGGUCUUCCACUUUUAAGUUUCUUUCUUUUUUAUUAUUUCUUUUUAAUUUUGUAAAAGUUGUUUUUGGCACUUUAUCUAACACCCCUGUUACAUAGAUGUACAUAGUAAACAUGUAUUUUAUUCUGCUGAUGUCACACAAUAAAUAUAAAAAAAUGUCA